UAGCUUGAAGUAAAAACAAGCCCAAGCCCUAAAUUUGAUGAAGGUCUACUGUUUAUCAAUUGGCUAAAUAUUGGUUCCAAGGGUGUUAAAAGUAAUGGUCAUAUCAAGGAUGUUCUUUAUGAAGCCAAACUAUAUAAUUACCCAAUCAAUAGAAGUUUCAUGAGGAAGAAGAUUGAUACCUGACAAAUUGAAGACUACUUGAGGAGAGUUUUAAGUUUGGGGCAAUGUUGAUUUCAAGUGCUUCAUAGGUUCACAAGCAUGUGAAGAAUUUUCAAGUCACUUGCCUCUUUUGAAGUUGCCUUUCAUACUUGACUGUUAAGGAAAAAGGUCAGCCACUAAGCCUGUUUUAUGUGAAUUUGGUGUCCACUCUCGUGGUUGUGUCAUGGAGUUCAUAUUUAGAAGUAUAUGAAGGUAGAUGAAGUAGUGACAUUGUGGUACUGGCUUGCUAUUCUAGUUUUGACAAGUCCCUCUCCUCAUUCCAUGUUUGCUUUUAUGAAGAGUUGCAUGCUUUGAGUGAAGCCUUUGUCUUUUUGCAGGGAACCACGAGGAUUUGCAUUUGUGCAGUUUGUGGAUCCAUAUGAUGCCAUGGAAGCUCAGCGUAGGAUGAAUGGAAAAAUAUUUGCUGGGAGAGAGGUAUCUGUUGUUGUUGCUGCAGAGAAUAGGAAAAGGCCUGAGGAGAUGCGAGACAGAGCCAGGGUUAGAGGAGGACCAGGCUAUGAGAGACGAUCUUAUUAUGGACAUUCUCGGUCUCGCUCAAUAUCCCCUCCACACUCGCCUCACCACCCUUCAGGUUCUAGAAGUCGAUAUCGCUCAAGGUCAUACUCUCCUGCCACAAGACGGCAUGAAGACUAUUCUAUCUCCCCACAUAGGAGGUAUGAAGAGUUCCCAAGAUCACAAAGAGGUCCUCCACAAGAGCAAGAUGGCUACUAUGAUGACAGAUCCUAUUCUCCAAGAUAUGACAAUGUCAAUCAAAAUCAGCUUGACAAUGGUUAUGGCAAAAAACCUGCAUACGGGCCCGAAGAAGCACGGGAUGCUUGGAGGUCGUCACCUGGUAGAUCUCCCUCUGGGUCCAGGUCCAGGUCUGCCGACCUGUCCCCAAGACGCGUCAAGGAAGUAGGAGCAAGGUAACUGAAGGUCUGGUCGUAUAGUUUCUUUUGGUUGCUGUUUACCUGUUGUGGGAAUCUAUAGGAAGAUAUUCAAGUCUCUUGCAUCUAAACUCUGUAACUUUCAUGGCUGGAUUUCAUAUUUUAUGUUACCAAACCCCCAUCAUCCAACAGUUAAUGGUGUUCAAACUUCAACUUUUCUUUGUCUUCCAUUCCACAACAGCACUUGCUCUUGUAGUUUCUUGAAUAUUUCUUCAGGAUCUCUGCUUGAAGUGAGUUUAUUUAGUUUGUUCACAAUAAUAUAUUUAAUUUCGAAUU